AUGACCGCGUCGGCCUCCUUCCUCGAUCGGGCGCUGUACACGUUGAAGGAGCUUCGCCUCGAUCUCGUCGUCAACUGGGAGGUCAUCACCACGGAUGAGCUCCUCGCUCUGCCGUGGGUGCAUCCGCUGUGGGGCUACGACUGGCCCGCAAUGGUGCUGCGCGACGCCGCGUACUCUUUCCGUUCCGUCGCGAACUUCCUCUCGAUAGCCGACGUGCUAUGGUACCGCGGCUACGAGGAUGGCGGCUACGACGCUUGGAGAAAAUGGUGCUUCUACUCGCUGCCGAUCACGCCCCCUUCACCUCGCGGCAUCGACUUCAACUACCGUCGCUCGAGACUUGGACCUGCGAAUCCGCGCGUCUUCAAACUCGCGGCCGGAACGCUCAAGAAGUCGCAUUGGAACGCCUUUUGGCGCAACAUGCACCCGAGAGCGCGCGAGCUCCUCACCGCCGCGGUGAUCUCGUACGGCCCGCACGACGAUUGGGCAGGCACGCACCGCGGCGUGCGCUCGCAUGAUCGGCCCCUUCGGCAUCUCGACGCUGCGCACUACCUCUUCCCGUGGCGCUUUGCGACGUUCGCCGGCGUCCCCCUCGCGGAGUACACGGUCCGCAAGGGCCGCACGUUCCUCGCCGAAGCGGGAGCUCGCACCGCGAUCGUCCCAGACUGGGACCUCAAGGGCGCAGCGGGAACGGCGGACGUGUGGCAGCGCACCUGGACGUCAUCGCGUGCGCUGCCCGUCUCGCCAGCGGCGCUGAGUGACCUGUGGGUCUGCCUGCACCGGCGAUGCUGGCUCUCGCAGAUACACCUGCGACGCGCCAACUAUGCGGACCGCGUCGAGCACGACGACAAAGACGACGACGCUCUGCUCCUGCCAGAGACUGCCGACGAGGACGACGCCUCCUCGGACAUCGACGUCCAAGAGGCGCUGGCAGCUGGCCUGGACCGUCUCGACGACCACGACGAUGACGAGGACGUCGGCGACGAGGAUGACAUCGUCGAAGCCGAACGACUCGAGCCAGAAGCAGGCGAGCCCGUGGCACCUGUGCCAGAACCGCCGCGCGUCGCCGACGUCAUCUCCGUACCUCGGCAGACGGACGACGAGAUCCUGCGGCGCGACUACCGCCUCGGCACCUGCCCAAUGCGCCGCUGCGCUGCUCCCGACAGCGUCGCACACGGCUACGUCCAGUGCCCUGAGGUCCGGACUGUCUGGCUUCACGCGCUUCGCGUGCUCGACGAGCUGGCACCGGGGACCUUCCUGGCGUCGCCGUUCCGCACCGAGGACGUGAUCCACGCCUGGCGAACACCACGUCGCCAAGAUGUUGUGCCGCAUCCGGAGCGCGUGGCGCUGUGGCAAGCCGUUGUCAUCCACGUCAUCAGUCGGCGUCGGCACGCCGCAAUUGCUGCCUCCGCGCAAGCGUCGCAGCGGAAGGUCAUCGAUCUCUCCGACCGCGACGACGGCCUCAACCGCGAGAUCCGACACGAGCUCAUCAGCGGCCUUCUGCGCCAGCUUGAUGCAGCGGUGCCCGGCAGUUGUUGA